ACUCACAUUGGAGUCUAAGGCAAGCCUCCCCACGUUGUUAGCGAAAUUUACCUAGCCCCCCAUCCCCUCCGCGUUUUCAGAAGCAAUCUAUGCAGUAGUCAAGAAAGAGGGAGAGAGAGGGAGGUGCCAAAAGAAAUCCCAGCGAAUUCAACCCGAUGGCAAGUCUUCAACGUAGGGGAUCAUUAUCUAGGAAAGAGAAGCCCAAGGGUCGCCAUCAUGGGUUAACCCAGCAGAAGAAACAAGAGAUCAAGGAAGCAUUUGAAUUAUUUGACACAGAUGGUUCUGGCACGAUCGAUGCCAAAGAGCUGAAUGUUGCCAUGAGGGCAUUGGGCUUUGAAAUGACAGAAGAGCAAAUAGAGCAGAUGAUUAAAGAUGUAGACAAGGAUGGAAGUGGCGCAAUUGAUUUUGAUGAAUUUGUGCAUAUGAUGACAGCCAAAAUUGGAGAAAGGGACACCAAGGAAGAGCUCACAAAAGCUUUCCGCAUCAUUGACCAUGAUAAUAAUGGGAGAAUAUCUGCUGCGGACAUUGAACAUAUUGCAAAGGAGCUGGGUGAGUCAUUCACUCCCAAUGAGAUUAAAGAGAUGAUUGAAGAAGCAGACCGCAAUGGUGAUGGCGAAGUUGAUGCUGAUGAAUUCCUGAGGAUGAUGAAAAGAACCACUUUCGGAUAUUAGAAUUUUGAUGCCGAUGCGCAACAAAAACAUCAACAGCCUCUAUACAUUGCAAAAAUGAUGGAAACCACCUCAAAUCUCUACCAGUCAGGAAAUACGCCACCGAAAUAACAGUAUCUUCAUUUCUGUAAUUUGGUUUUGAAGACUAAGGUAUGUUCAUAUUCCAUGGGAUGGAUUAGUUGUUUUCUAAAUUCAAAGUGGUCUUUUUUCUCAAUUUUCCCAUUUGAGUUUCCUGCUGCAUUACAUAUCCAUUUUUUCUUAACUAGUCAUUUUGAAGACUUCUGGAUUAUAUAUUUAGCCUUUGACA